UAUUAAGACUGAGUUUCUCGAAUGAUCUAUAAAUGACAAAUAAAAUCAUCUUUUGAUCUUUUGUUUUGCUUAUCCAAUCCAAUCUCUCUACUGAUGUCUAUUUGAAUUGUUUGUAAUAAAAGUGUUGCAAAUAAAGAAUGGCCGCUGCAAUUGUCAGCGAUAUUAUAAAUUGUUUUCAUUUUGAAAAUGGGAAAAUUGUAUUUCGGCCCCCGGGUCGAAAAAAUACCGCUGACGGUAAUAAGGACCCUGGUCCGAAUUUAGGCAACAUAAUGGGCAUGUUGAGCCAAUUUCGUGGCCCAGCAAUCAAUAUCAUACGCAAUGUUGCCAAUGAAAUCGGCAAGGAAUUGAAAAUUGGUCAUGUCGUUGAAAAAGUGGAAAAAAUGGAUGAAAAAAUACUGGAAGAAUUAAAAAAUGCCCAAUGGAAAUACAAAAAUCAAAAAUCCAAUCUAAUCAAAUCGGAUUGGCGUGAAUCCAUUACAUCGCUCAAACCACAGGAUCAUUUCUUUAAGCUCGGUGAACGAAGAUCCGGUCUAACAUCAAAUUAUUCUGGUCCACCGCAGGAUUAUGCAAAAUUGAAGGAAAAAUGUCUUCUGGAAGGACAGCUGUUUGAUGAUCCAGCAUUUCCAGCAAAUGACCAAUCCUAUUAUCUUCAUGGACGUGGUCCACGCAAAUUCAAAUGGUUACGACCGAAUCAGAUUGUCAAUCAUCCCAAAUUCAUCAGCCAUGGUGCAGCUCGUUUCGAUGUUAACCAAGGUGAACUCGGUAAUUGUUGGUUUUUGGCAGCUGUUGCAAAUCUAACUAUGAAUGAAAAAUAUUUUGAUCGGGUUGUCCCACCUGAUCAGUCGUUCGAUAAGAAUGAUUAUGCUGGUAUAUUUCAUUUUCGUUUUUGGCAAUACGGCAAAUGGAUUGAUGUUGUUGUGGAUGAUCGAUUGCCAACGAUCAACGGCAAAUUGGUCAUGAUGCAUUCGGAAGAAGUGAAUGAAUUUUGGGGAGCAUUAUUGGAAAAAGCUUACGCAAAGCUUCAUGGGUCAUAUGAAUCGUUGAAAGGUGGCACAACUAGCGAAGCUAUGGAAGAUUUCACCGGUGGUCUCACUGAACAUUAUGAAAUCCAAACGGAUGAAUGCCCACCCAAUUUGUUCACCAUAAUGCAUAAAGGGCAUCAACGUGGUUCAUUUAUGGGUUGCAGUAUUAGUGUGGAAGAUGCAUCUCAAAUGGAAGCCGUUAUGCAUAAUGGACUGAUUAAAGGUCAUGCAUAUUCGAUAACAUCGGUCAAAUAUGUACAUGUUGAUCAUGUACGAGUGCAAGGCAAAUUGCCAUUAGUACGUAUUCGUAAUCCUUGGGGUAAUGAAGCUGAAUGGACUGGUGCCUGGAGUGACAAAUCGCGUGAAUGGUCGAUUGUUUCAUCGGAAGAAAAACAACGAAUCGGUUUGACCUUCGAUGCUGAUGGUGAAUUUUGGAUGUCUUUUGCUGAUUUUCAGAAAAAUUUCACCAAUAUUGAAAUCACCAACUUGACUCCCGAUUCUCUUGACGAUGACAGCAAAAAAGCCUGGCAAGUAAAUUAUUUUGAAGGACAAUGGAUACCGGGUGUUAGUGCGGGCGGUUGUCGUAAUCAUUUGAAUACAUUCUAUCUAAAUCCGCAAUAUAUGAUUACAUUGACUGAACAUGAUGAUGAUGAUGAACUUUGCACAUGUGUGGUUGCAUUGAUGCAAAAAAAUCACCGUAUCAAACGCAAAAUGGGUCUCGAUAAUCUAACCAUUGGAUUUGUCAUCUAUGAAGUUAAUGAAAAUAGUUAUGGUGUUAUGAGGCAAUCCAAUGAUCAAGUAAUGCUGACUACCAAUUUUUUCAAAUAUAACGCUUCUUGUGCCCGAUCUCCUGCUUUUAUCAAUCUUCGUGAAGUCAACGGUCGCUAUCGAUUGAAACCAGGCCGCUAUUGCAUAAUACCAUCAACAUUCGAACCGAAUAGUAAAGGUGACUUUAUAAUCAGAUUUUUCACUGAAAAACCAGCCCAACAUGUCAUGGAAAAUGACGAAGAAAUGGGUAUUUCACAGAAAGAAGACAUACCAGUUUCACCGGGAACUCCUGAUGCUGAAGAUAAUACCCCAAUUUACGAUGGUCCUCCAAUCGACGAAACAAUAGUUCAUGAUUUUAAACCAGACCCGGAUCCAUUGCCAUAUGACGAUAGAGGAAAUAAUGCUUCAUUUAAUUUUGAUUUAAUGCGAAUAAUUAACAUGUGUAUACCGCUUUUUAGUAUGGCUAAUGAUUGUUACCAAGGAAGAAAUGUCAAUACUAAUGAUUUUUUCAAUACUGCAUUGAAUUCCAUUGGCAUGGGUCAUCAAAAACGAGCUAAACGGGCUACAGAUUUGAGAGAUGGUCCCAAUGAUAUUGGUGAUCCGUACGAUCAACGUCCCGAAGAGAAAUCUGCCUAUAAAUUUUUCAGUAAAAUUGCCGGUGAUGAUAUGGAAGUUGAUGCAAUGGAAUUGCAAAAAGUUAUUAAUCAUGUUUUCAAAAAAGAACUGAAAUUCGAAGGAUUUUCAGUGGAAUCAUGUCGUUCCAUGAUAGCUUUGAUGGACACUGAUGCUUCAGGUAAACUUGGAUUCGAUGAAUUUGUCAUUUUAUGGCGGCAUUUGCGCAAUUGGUCGGAGAUUUUCAAAAAAUUCGACACUGAAAAUAACAUGGCCAUUAAUUCUGGUCAACUGAAAGCUGCCUUCCGUGAAGUCGGAAUCAAUGUUAAUCGAGUUGUUUUGCGACUGUUGGUCAAUCGUUAUGGUCAUCGACCGAAAGAAGCAAAUCGAAUCGAAGAUGAAAUCUAUUUCAAUGAUUUCAUUUGUUGUGCACUGAAAAUCAAACGCUGCAUAGAAAUUUGGAAUAGCAAAAAGAUUCGAUCAUCGCCUUCAGGGCCGACUGGAUUCGGUGAUUUUGGUAGUUUGAUACCUGGAGCUCUAGGUGCAAUGGGCGCACCACGUGGAUUCGGUAAUGCAUUUUCAACUUUUGCCGGUGCGUUUGGCGGUAAUCAUCCAAUGUUCAACCGACAAAGACCAAGACCAAGCAAUGAAUCAUCUUUUACACUUGAUGAGGAAAUUCUUGGCGAAGAUCGGCUGAAAGAGAUUGUAAAACAGAGAGAUUUGAAAAUCUAUUGGGGAACGGCUACCACUGGAAAGCCUCAUAUUGCCUAUUUCGUUCCCAUGUGUAAGAUAUCGGAUUUUUUAAAGGCUGGAUGCCAAGUUACAAUUCUGUUCGCUGAUUUGCACGCCUAUCUGGAUAAUAUGAAAGCACCAUGGGAUCUACUUAAACAUCGAACCGAAUAUUAUGAAUGUUUGAUCAAAACAGUUCUCGAAUCGAUCAAUGUACCAUUGGAUAAACUAAAAUUUGUUCGCGGCACCGAAUAUCAAUUGAGUAAGGAAUUUACAUUGGAUGUAUAUCGUUUAUCAUCCAUUUUGACCGAACAUGAUGCUAAAAAAGCUGGCGCUGAAGUAGUCAAGCAAGUUCAACAUCCAAUGAUCAGCUCGCUUCUUUAUCCUGGACUUCAAGCUCUGGAUGAAGAAUAUCUUAAAGUUGACGCCCAAUUCGGUGGCAUUGAUCAAAGAAAGAUUUUUACUUUUGCUGAAAAAUAUUUACCAAUGAUGGGAUAUACGAAACGUAUUCAUCUGAUGAACCCGAUGGUUCCCGGUUUGACUGGCGGUAAGAUGAGUUCAUCAGAAGAGGAUUCCAAAAUCGAUCUGCUAGAUUCAGCCGAAGAUAUCAAAAGAAAAAUCAAACGAGCGUUUUGUGAACCGGGCAACAUUGAAGACAAUGGAAUAUUAUCAUUUUUCAAGCAUGUAUUGUUUUCAUUGUUCGAACAAAUCGUUGUUGAACGAAAAUUUGAUGGUAACGUUACCUAUACGAAUUAUAUGCAAAUGGAAAAAGACUUUCAAGAUCAAACAUUACAUCCUGGUGAUUUGAAACAAUGCACGGAAAAAUAUUUGAAUAAACUUCUCGAACCUGUUCGCGCGAAGCUCAAAGAUCCUGAAUUUAAAAAAUUAACAGAACUGGCAUAUCCCAAAGUUUCAAAAAGUAAUUAG